CCCACAGCUAAAAUGCCGCUGAUGGUACGUACACAAGCGGCCCUUUGGCCGCGCUCAAUACCCAAACUUAAGCUCCCAAUUGCCCAUAUCUUCCACCGCAGAAAGUUCUCCCUCCGCCUUCAAUUGGCAUCCUAAUGCAUCAACAACCCUCGAUUCCCCCCUUCCCCCCAUUGACCGCUGAAUGGACACAAGAUGGCGAACCAAGCCACAGGUCCAAAUACCUACACCCUGCCUACCUCCCUGCCCCACGACACGCCCUCGAAUCCCUCUCGAAAAUGGAAACAGAGACUCUCGUUCCUGCCGUCCUCGAAUUCUAGAGCCAACGAAGAUAUGAGGAGACAAACGACGAAUAGUAGCGAGCGGAAGAGGAAGUGGUGGAAGAUACGGUUCUUUAGGGGCAUGAUCAAUGAUGUGAAGAGGAGGGCGCCGUAUUAUAGGAGUGAUUGGACGGAUGCGUGGGAUUAUAGGGUUGUGCCGGCUACGGUUUAUAUGUAUUUUGCUAAUAUUUUACCGGCGUUGGCUUUCUCGUUGGAUAUGUUCACGAAAACUCACAUGAGUUUCGGAGUCAAUGAAGUCCUUCUAUCCUCUGUUCUUGGAGCAGUAGUCUUCUCCCUCUUUGCAGCCCAACCCCUCGUCAUCGUAGGUGUCACUGGACCCAUCACUGUGUUCAACUACACCGUCUACGAUAUCAUGGUCCCAACCGGUACAAACUACUUUGCCUUUAUGGCUCUAGUUGGCAUAUGGUCCCUAGCAAUGCACUGGUUCCUAGCCAUAACCAACGCCUGCAACGCUCUCAAAUACGUAACCCGCUUCUCCUGCGACAUCUUCGGCUUCUACGUUGCGUUCAUCUACCUGCAAAAAGGGAUCCAAGUCCUCACUCGUCAAGGUUCCGACGAAGCAUUCUACCUCUCCAUCACCGUUGCUCUCCUGGUCCUCGCCGUCGGCUAUCUUUGUGGGAUUAUAGGCACUAGUCCAUUAUUCCAACAUUACGUUAGAGUGUUCAUCAAAGAUUACGGGACGCCGUUGACGGUCAUUUUCUUCACGGGAUUCGUGCAUAUCGGCAAGAUGAGAGAGGUGGAUCUGAGUACGUUGCCGACGAGUAAGGCGUUCUUCCCGACUAGUGAUAGGGGGUGGUUUGUGCAUUUUUGGGAUAUCAGUGUAGGGGAUGUGUUUAUUGCUAUCCCGUUUGCUGUGCUUUUGACGAUUCUGUUUUAUUUUGAUCAUAAUGUCUCCUCCCUCAUAGCACAAGGCACCGAAUUCCCCCUCCGCAAACCAGCCGGUUUCCACUGGGACAUCUUCCUCCUCGGCCUCACCACCGGCGUAGCAGGACUCCUCGGCAUCCCCUUCCCCAACGGUCUCAUCCCCCAAGCACCAUUCCACACCGACUCCCUCUGCGUCACCAAAGUCGUCUCCGACCCCGACGAAGAAUCCCCCACCAAAGGCCACACCAAAACAAUCACCUCCCACGUCGUCGAACAGCGCCUCUCCAACCUCGCCCAAGGCCUCCUCACCCUCGGCACCAUGACCGGCCCCCUCCUCAUCGUCCUACACCUCAUCCCGCAAGGCGUCCUCGCCGGCCUCUUCUUCGUCAUGGGCGUCCAAGCCCUCGAAUCCAACGGCAUCACCCUGAAACUGCUCUUCCUACUCAAAGACUCCUCUCUAACCCCAGCAUCCGAACCUUUGAAACGCAUCACGCGCCGCAAAGCCAUCUGGAUCUUCGUCGGUAUUCAACUCCUCGGGUUUGGAGCCACGUUCGCCAUCACGCAGACGAUCGCCGCGGUCGGGUUCCCGAUUAUUAUUCUGGGGCUGGUGCCGGUAAGGACGGUUUUGCUGCCGAGGUGGUUUGCGGAGGGGGAGUUGAGGGUGCUGGAUCAGCCGACUGCGAGUCCGUUUACGAUGGUGAGUGUGGGGGGCAAUUAUGGGGAGGAUGUGGAUGUGGAUGUGAGGGAUGGAGGGGAUGGGAUGGUGCCGAAUAGUGGCGAGGAGACGGCGGUGCAGAGUGGGAGUGAGGGGGUUCUUGUUGGUGGGAGUGGGGAUCGGGACGGGGAGGAGAGUGAGGAGGCGAGGGCGGAGAGGGGGGAGGGGAUGAAGAGGAGGGAUAGUUGGAGGUUGGAGGGGCGGAGCGGGAGGUGGGCUGGGGAGGGAAGUGGUGGGGGUGAGAGUUACGAGAUGAUGAAGCCGGGGAUGAUGAGGAGGAGUGUGAGUCGGACGAGUAAGACGUAG